ACAAUGAGUACAAUAAGGAUUGGAGUAAUAAACUCCGGGGGGUACAUGAACCUCGCCAAGUCCACCGCCGCAGUCUGGCCAUUGGUGGAGAGCUUCUUCACAAUGUUCGAGGAAGGUCAACUGCAAAUCGGCGAUGGCAAGAUCCCGCUUGACAUGCCGGGGAGGAUGGAGGGGCGCCUGCCGGGCCCGUACACCGAUGAGAUGAAAGGACAAAGGUCGUUGUACCACUGCAUAUAUGCGAGAGAUGGUCCCAAAUGCUCCACCGUGUCCUGGAAGGAUUUGUGUCCUUCGUACUUCAAAAACUUCGGGGACAUGACAUGUCGCGAGAGAGAAGUCGCGCUACUUCUGCUCAUGAAGGGGAAAGUAGUGGCAACAAAUGUCAAAGUCACACCUCCGAGGGUGAACACAGAGUGCCUUCUCGACAUAAUGCGCAAAGAGAGAUACAUGGUCCGCAUGUUCAACUAUGUCGUGUUCUGCACGGAGGGAAGGGCAGAUGAAGAAUGGAACGACGACUUCUUCAUGUCGUACAAGGACCUGGAAAAGAGGUAUGCGCCGAACGGGCUACACGCAGCUGAAUGGGAGAAGGAACGGGAGAAGCUUCAUAGCAACAAAGUGAAGACGGUCCCUCGUCGACUUGGAGGAGUGGAGGAGGCAAGGCAAGGUGCGGGCUUGAGGCCUACGGAAGUAAUGUACAAGGAGGCUCCGUUUCACUUCAAGGUGUUCAUAUACACUGCAAUCGAUAAGCUCGAUUUGCUUCGGGCAGAGGUGAUCGCCUCCAGUGCACGUCCUCUUGUAUGGGACAAACUCGGCAGGCAGACCACAUUGCUUCCUGUGUGCAUGCGGUCAAAGGAGGUUAUGGCAGCGCCCGACGAUAUCGUCGCCUCUGCGCAAAAAAUGGCAUGUAGGGCCGCCAUCGUGGACAUCUCGGCCGCAAAUUUCAGCAGUGCAUGGACCUCGCAGGACUUCGAUGCACUGUACACAAUGAUGACGAAGUGUUGUGGUCCGAAUUGGGUCCUCUUUUUCUUUGCACUGAAGAAGCUGCAAAGCGAUGUCUUGCGUCACUUGUUCCGUUGGGAGGACGUCGAACUCAUCCCUGGGUCCUGGAAACGGGUGGACAGGUCAUUGAGUGACGUCACAAGGUACGGCAACAUCGCUACGUCGAGCCGGGACUUAAUGGUUAUCGUAAUGCACGCUGAGGGAGGGGAUCUUAAAAAAGUAACUGUCGCACCCCGACUUCUCAAUGAUCUCACAGAAGUGUAUGUUGUGGAGGAUAAGUUCGGGAAGUGUCAAGGAAAACACGGUGGUGUCGAAGGCGACGAAAGUGGUGCGUAUUCAAUUUGGGAGCGAGAACCCGACAAGUUGCGGAAGUUGUGCAGUUCAUUCGCCGAAGAAGCGGAAGGUGUCAUUUUGCUGGGUAGGGCGCACGCGGGUCUUGUUUGGUAGUUCAUGCUUGCAGGUAAUAAUGUCAUUGCCUGUGACAAGUCGGCCAAGGACAUUUCAUACUUGACAAAGUUCAUCGACAUACUUGUCAAGGAUGACAGAAUCAAUUGCCGACUCGAGA